GAUCUUUCUUUGUUUUGCAAAAUGAAUCAGUGGCUGAGGCAAUAAUUUCCAUGCUCUUAUUAAGACUCAAAGACAUCUUCAGAAACAGAAGCUACAGCUAGGCAUCUUCAAACCGCUUCUUUAGAACAAAGUAAAGACAGGGGAUAGAGGAAGACAGGCAUCCGUAUCGGUAGGGUGGAAAGAACUUCUAUCGGUACUACAACUCGAUCAAAGGGGCAGGUCUUUCCCCUCGGAAAGUAGAUUGCGCGCACUGUAGAAUAAUGUUGCCAGUUUUGAAAGCGUUCUUUUUUUGCGAGUUCGUCCCCACGACGAGCUCCGCAUUGACUGUGCCAGCACCUGCAUCCAAGAUGACAUCUGCUCUGGCACCGCUGGACCAAGAACAGGGCGCAGAUGAGGCAGAAGCACCUGCUGUGCCCGUCUCCGCAAGAGAGCAAGAAAAAGACCAACCUCUUCCCCGCGGCGUCCGGCCGGAAAGUUUUCAGGGGCGGGAUCUCCGGCAGGAGAUUUUGCAGGACGGCAUCGUGGUGCUGAAAAAUUUUCUUUCCCAAGACGCAGUCUCCGAGCUGUUACAGGAAGCGGAGGCGUUGAAAAAUGAAGCGGGUAAAGGGUUCAGGAGUUUUGAAGAACACAACCUGUACUUGGAAAACACAGCAGGAGCGCCUGAAAAGGAGGAAAGAGCGACCCACUUGCUGAAGGCGAAGAGGUUCGAGAGCGGGAAAGUUUUAGUGAAUCAAAAGGAGAUCGAGGAUAAGGCUUUUAGUACCCAAAAUGGUAGUAGUAGUUCUACUAUCAAAUGCAAAAAUGUCUGGGUCUGGAAACUUGUGAUGCUGCGUGGCGUAUCAUGAGGAGGCCACAAGAGCUGCCUCAGCAUGACAAGUUUCUGAGCUUCUAGGUGUUGCCUAUUCUGCAUGACAAACUGCGUUUCUGCAUGACAGAAAAGUGGCGCUCUUGGGUAACGUGCAUGACAGAUUUGAGAGUCAUGCCAGACAAGCAUGACAAACAUGCACUCUUCCAGACCCAGACAUUUUUACAUUUGAUAUCUACUUCCUUGCUCAUCGAGUUGUACAAGUCCGAUUUGCUGCUGAAUUUGUUGAAGAAAGCCUUUUAUCAAAUGCAAAAAUGUCUGGGUCGGGAAGGUUGGAGCUUGUGAUACUAACUUUGGACUCUAAAAAAAUCCGUAUUGCAUGAUCAGCAAGAGGAGUCUAGUUUGUGCUACGCGGGGACGGCAUUUGUCAUGCGGAUUAGGCAUCAGGAAGCCCUCUAAAUAUCUGCGAUGCUAGGUCAUGCAUUACAGACAUCCUGGGCCAUGCAAAAUAUGCAUGACAAUCCCGGCAACAUUCCAGACCCAGACACUUUUGCAUUUCAUACCUUUGAUUUGCCGGAACUGUACCACUCCGCAGACGAAAUCGGUGUAUCCUGUGCAAAAGUAUCGUACUCGUAGUAAUUGCCAUUAUGCAUGACAAAUCUUGUCCUUAAGGAAAAACAGCAUGACAAAUCCCAGCUCUCAUGCUGAGCAAAUUUGUAAUGCAAUCUAGUAUACUAGUACGAUACUUUUGCAAUGCAUACGGUGGGGUGUACUACAACUUCUUCGAGAAGGGGGACCAGCUCGGGUGGCACUUCGACCGGAGCGAGUUUUCGAUAAACCUGAUCCUGAAGGUAUCAAAAGGAAAAAUCCCCCCUCCCCAUAUCGAAACGAAGUUUCUGAUGCUGGAUUUCCGUACACAAAUCAGAUUUGUCUUGCAGUAGAGCACUGCAGGUAUAUGGCAACCCCCAGUCGAGAGGUUUUGACGUAGGCGCCUAGCAUGACAAAUGUGUAUGCUCUAAGCCCAACAGCAUCACAAACCGCCUGCAAAGUGCGGGGCUCUCUCUGGACUUGCCUUCUUGCAAGACAGACAGGAUUUGAGGUCACAAAUGCGCAUGACAAAUUUUCAGUCGGAUACGUUUUCAAUAUGGGGAGGGGGGAUUUUUCCUUAUGAUAGAAGGAAACGAGUUGCGGCGGGGGGAAGUUCCGCUACUGGCCGGACAGUCGCGAGUUCGUGGAUCACGUUUGCGAACAGAUGGACCACGGAAAAGGAAUCGGAAAAGGAGAAGGAAUCGGGCAGGACGUCGGAAUCGGAAAAGGAAAAACGUCAGCACCAGCAACUUCUGUUUGCGAUGAAGAAAAUAACUGUCCGCAAGUAGUAGAACACCAAUCCCGAGUAGACGAAACGUGGGCGGAUUUUGAGAAGAGGUAUUUGGUAGAAGCCGUCCCGAAGGAAAACGAAAACCGGAAUAAACGAAGCAUUUUACCCUGCAUCUGGUGUAAGAACAGAAAAAGGGCAAAGAACAUCCCCAGUUCUAGUACGACCCUCGCUUCUUCUUGCGCUACUGACGGAUCGCCAGCACUACAGCAGCCCAACAAGAACCUCAUUGUCCCGAAACUCGAGCCCGGGGCGCUGUACCUUUUCGCCGGUAACCGGUCGCUGCAUGAGGUUACGAAAGUCCUGGGGGAUCAGGUGCGCGUGAAUGCGAUCUUCACCUUCAACACCAAGCCGGGCGUCGUGCUGAAUCCCUACACACGGAAGAAGUUUUUUGGAGCAUAGUAUAGUGGGCUUGUUUUGCGAAGAAGAGACAGAAGCCUCUGCAGACUGUCUGACUGACUUACAACGGAGUAGAGAAUAAAGAUCCAUUUUGUUUCCAAAGAGUCGCGAUAUUUUGACCAGUUUUGGCCUUUUUGAUUUAUCUGUAACGGUUGCAGAGCGUCAGCCUUUGUGGCGCACACUGCAUUCUACACAA